AGGGGAGCCUAGUCGAACUGAUUUGUCCCUCUCCGCUCUCCGUCUGAAAACCUUGGCGGAAAGGGUCGUGGACAUGGCGGCCAUCAGGCAAUGAAUGAGACUUCCUGUUGCUCCAUGUUCUCCCCAGCAUUUACCAUCAUCAAUGUUUCGGAUUUUCACCCUGCUAGUAGAUGGGAAAACUGACAACCAUGCCUGCAGGUCUGAUAUAUGCAUCUGUAAGUGUACAUGCAGUCAAAGAAGAGGAAUCCAAAAAGCAGCUAGUGAAACCAGAGCAGCUCCCCAUAUAUACUGCACCACCGCUUCAGUCUAAAUAUGUUGAAGAGCAGCCUGGUCAUUUACAAAUGGGCUUUGCUUCCAUCCGGACUGCAACUGGUUGUUAUAUUGGCUGGUGCAAGGGUGUUUAUGUCUUUGUGAAAAAUGGGAUAAUGGAUACAGUACAAUUUGGAAAAGAUGCUUAUGUCUAUCUGAAGAAUCCUCCUCGAGACUUUCUUCCGAAAAUGGGAGUUAUUACAGUUUCAGGAUUGGCGGGCUUGGUUUCAGCGAGAAAAGGUUCCAAGUUUAAGAAAAUUACUUAUCCUCUGGGACUGGCCACUUUAGGAGCAACUGUUUGCUACCCAGUUCAGUCCAUUAUAAUUGCUAAGGUAACAGGGAAAAAGAUAUAUGCUACAAGCCAGCAAAUUUUUGGAGCACUUAAAUCACUGUGGACAAAAAGCAGCAAAGAAGAGUCACUCCCUAAAUAUAAAGAAAAAACUAAGCUAGGAUCCUCUGUCGAAAUAGAAGUACCUGCAAAAACAACUGACGUCUUGAAACACUCAGUGCCCUUGCCAACAGAACUCAGCUCUGAAGCGAAGACCAAAUCAGAAUCCACUUCAGGUGCAACACAGUUUAUGCCUGACCCCAAGCUCAUGGAUCACGGGCAGUCCCACCCAGAAGAUAUAGAUAUGUACAGCACUAGAAGCUGAAGUAGACUGCAUACAGAGACUACAUAGAAAACUACAAGAUGUGUGACGUUGCAAAUAAUGAUGAAAAAAAUCAUGUAAUGGGUAACUGAUACAUAGAGUAUUACUUAAACCAAGUUUUUCCCUUACAUAUCCAAAUGUACAAUUUGAUAAAUUACAUAAGUGGUUAACAGACAAACUGAAUGCAAUGCAAACAAUAUUAAAUGAUUGAUGAGGAGACUUAGGUAGAAGUAUUAGCUUGCAUUUGAUGACCUUUAAGGGCAUUUAAAAAAAAAAAUGAAGACAUGAACUCCAGUGAGAUUAAAAUCUGAAAAUACAUAUAUGUAUGUAUAAAGACAUACAUAUUUAUACAUAUAAACAUAUAUUUCUGCUCUAGCUUUCCCAGACUAAUGUCAGUUAAAUUAGAAUGGUGUGUGGAAAGAUGUGUUUCCCUCUGUUUUUUUUUUUUUCCCAUUUCCUAGAGCUGGAAUAAAAUAUCUAUGUUUUAUGGGACUUAAGCUUGGCUUUGUCUCUUGGUUUUGUUAAUGUUAAUUCCUCUUAAAUAUCUGAAAACAUCUCUAACUAUUUGAGAGGGCCAUAUUGCUACACAGGCUUCCUAAUACUGCUUGACAAUCCUUCUACUGGUUCCUGAGUGGUUUACUAUUGUUUUCCCUAGAAGAGGUAUUACAAACCUUUUAUUCUCCUCAAACCUCUUAUAACUGUCAAAGUUGACUGUGCCUCCUGUUUCAUAGAGAAGAAAGUAAAUUAUUAGACAUGACCAUUCCCAACUUCUUCCCAUCUACCUUCAAGACUUAGCUCUUUUCAGCCAUGCAUCCCCCUUUCCUAAGACAUACUUCUCUUUGUGGUCUUGAUCUCAUUCGUUCCCAUCUAAGACCAUAUUCUACCCCGUUUAAUCUCCAGUCUUUGGUUUCUCUUUUUACUAGUUUCUUUUCCUCCACUUCUACAUAGCUGCAGGUGUUCUCUGUCUUAAAUCAACAAUAACAAAACAAGACAAAAACCUUUCCUUAACUUGACCUCUCCCCUUGAACUAUUUUUUCUCUCUCCUUCCUAUAAUUGUUAUACUUCUUUAAAAAGUAAUUGUUACUUUUUGACAAAAGUAAAUAUUAUCCCUUUUUUCCCUACUUUCAAGUCCUCUCUGCCUUGUGACAUUCUGACCUCCAUACCUGCUUAAAUUUUUUUGAGAUGGAGUCUUGCUCUGUUGCCCAAGCUGGAGUGCAGUGGCACAAACACAGCUCACCGCAACCUCCACCUUCCAGGAUCAAGCAAUCCUCCCAUCUUACCCUCCCGAGUAACUGGGACUAAGGCACCCGCCACCUUGCCUAAUUUUUUGUAUUUUUGGUAGAAACAGGACUUCACCAUGUUGUCCAGGCUGGUCUCGAACUCCUGAGCUCAAGCCUGUGCCUGACUCAGCCUCCCACAGUGUUGGGAUUACAGGCGUGAGCCACCGCACCCAGCCCCUACCUGAAUUUUUAUGUCAUUUUUGACUCUUCACCACUCUCUCCAUGAAACUCACUUAUCCCUUUGCUUUCUAUUUUUCCUGCUUUUGUUAUUCUUCAUUUUUUUCUCUUGCUCUGAAUUCCUUAAAUGCUGAGGCUGCUCAAGUUUCAUCCCUAGUCCUAUUUUCUCAUUCUAUAUGCGCUCUCAUUUUCAUUUAACAGACCUCACUGGCUUCAGCCACCAUUUGUUUUAUUAUUCAUAUCUUCAACCCCCAUAGCUCUCUAGUGCUGUAGACCUUUAUUUCUACUUAUUAGUUAUAUUCAUCUAACAUCCCAUAGAUAUGCCAGUGUCAAUAUGCCUAAAACAAAAUUGUCUCUACCUCCCACUCCUUCAAAUCUAUUCUACCUUCUCUAAUCCUAAAAUUACUCUCCCUCAAGCCAUCAUCAUCACUUUUCUGGGUUACUGUAGUAGCCUUCAGGCUAAUUUGCUCACUGUCAAUCUUGCUUUCUCUCAUUUCAGAAUAUGUUCUGCUUGCAGGUGACAGUAAACUAGUUAAGUACUUAAUAUUAGCUUAAGCAAAAAAAAAAAAAGCCCUAUUUAUAGCCUAGAAUUAGGCAGUAUAGGGUUGGGACAGUGGCUCAUGGGUGCUAUUAAGGACAUAGACUUUUUCUCUUUCCACUAUGUCCUCUACAGCAUGCUGGUUUGUCACCUCAUGGUCACAAGAUGUCUGCUGUACCUCCAGGGAGCAGCUACACAUUCAGAGUAGGAAAUAGCAGAUAAAAAUGUACACAAGAUGCUUCUGACUCCCUUUUAUCAGAAAAGUAAAUGCUUUCUUAGAAUCUCCUCAGAAGACCUCUGUGUAUAUCUCAACCAGUACUUGUCAUAUAGCCACACACUUAGCCUAAGGAAGAUAGGGAGUAGGGAAAUCGUGUUUAUUUUCCCGUGAUGAGGAAGGCAAGGGGUAAGGGGUUGGGAACAGGUCAUACAGUGUCUGCUACCCUAUUCUAACCUAUUUGUCUAUUAUGACAUAGUUGUCUUCCUGACAACUAUAAUGAAUAGUUAUCUUUCUGAAAUCUUUAGUGGCUCAUCAUUGCUUGCAGAAUCAAAGCUCCUUAGUUUGAUAUACAAGGCCCUUCAUAUCUGAUUCCAGCUUACCUUCUAAUCCUAUCUUCCCUCUCCUUACCCACCCUACUGUUAAUGUGUAUUAUACUGUCUUUAUGAUAUACCAUUUGUUUCUUGAACAUGCCUUGCUCAUUAUUGCCUCUUUCUCUGCGUGUGCUAGUGUGUCCUCUUAGAAUGUUCUUCCAUCUUAUCCUGCUCCAUAUUCUAACUUCUACCCAUCCUACAAGUCCAAUUCCGGUGUUGUGUUCCCUCUCUCAAUCCUCUAGGGUACAAUUUAGAUGUUCUCUCUUCUAGAGAUAGGAUCUUGCUAUGUUGCUCAGGCUGGUCUCAAACUCCUGGCCCCAAGCGAUCCUCCUACCUCAGCCAACCAGACAUAAGCGACUGUGCUCGCCUUUUUUUAAAAAUUGAGGGUAUAUGAUAUGGUCGGGUAUGGUGGCUCACACCUAUAAUCCCAGCACUUUGGGAGGGCAAGGUGGGUGAAUCACCUGAGGUCAGGAGUUCGAGACCAGCCUAACCAACAUAGUGAAACCCUGUCUCUACUAAAAACACACAAAAAAAGUACAAAAUUAGCUAGGCAUGGUGGCGCAUGCCUGUAAUUCCAGCUACUUGGGAGGCUGAGACAGGAGAAUCACUUGAACCCGGGAGGUGGAGGCUGCAGUGAGCCUAGAUCAUGCCAUUGCACUUCAGCCUGGGCAACAAGAAGAAAACUCAGUCUCAAAAAAUAAACAAAUAAAAAAUAAAGGUAUAUAAUAUGUCUUAGAUUUGAUGAAAUAUGAGUGUGUUUGAGAUCUGAUCCAAGGUUUUAAAAAAAUCAUUUCAAAUACUGGAGAUAAAUUCUGAGGAG